CAAAAAACCAAGUGAGAAGAAGACAGCCGACCGGGGAAAAAUCAAACCGGACCAUGAAGAUCCGAACUAUUAAGCUCAGAGAAGCUCACAAGAACGGCGAAAAUGGCGGCAACUCAUUCUGCUCGAUUUUGUGGGACCAGCAGGGGGACCGCAUUGUAACGGCGUCGUCUUCCGAUCCGUCAAUCUGGGUUCACGACGCCCAAUUUCCGUCGGUUAACCCUAAAUCUAUCAAACACCACCGCGACGGCGUCACCGCUUUGGCUCUUAGCCCCAAUUUCACCUGCCUGGCUUCCGGAUCUAUUGACCAUUCCGUUAAGCUCUACAAAUUUCCUGGUGGGGAGUUUGUGACUAAUAUCACUAGAUUCACAUUGCCGAUACGGGCACUUGCUUUCAAUAAAUCCGGUACCAUGCUGGCAGCUGCUGGUGAUGAUGAAGGGAUCAAACUUAUAAACACAAUUGAUGGUUCAAUAGCAAGAGUUCUUAAAGGGCAUAAAGGAUCUAUUACUGGCUUAGCUUUUGAUCCUAAGAGUGAAUAUUUUGCUUCAGUUGAUUCAACAGGGACUGUCAUACACUGGGAACUCCAGCCUGGAACAAUACUUAACACGCUCAAGGGCAUAGCGCCUGCCACUUUUUCUGAUCAAUCUGCUAUGAAUAUGCUUAGCUGGAGUCCAGAUGGGGACCUGUUGGCUGUCCCAGGUUUGAAAAACGAUGUGGUGAUGUAUGAUAGGGACACUGCUGAAAAACUUUUUUCACUGAGAGGUGAUCAUGUGCAACCAAUUUGUUUCUUGUCCUGGUCGCCUAAUGGGCGAUACAUGGCUACCUCUGGUUCAGAUAGACAGAUUAUCAUUUGGGAUGUUGACAAAAAGCAGGACAUUGAUCGGCAGAAAUUCAGUGAUAGGAUAUCUUGUAUGGCUUGGAAACCACAUGGUAAUGCUUUGGCAGUAAUUGACAGUAAGGGAAAGUAUGGAGUAUGGGAAUCACCAGUACCAUCAUCAAUGAAAUCCCCAACUGAAGACAUACCCAAUGUGCGUUCCAAUGGCCUUCUUCUGUUUGAUGAAGACGAGGAAGAAGCUAGUGCAUCUGGUAGUUUGAGUGAUCUUGGUGAGGACAGUCUUGGUGAAUCUGAAUUAUCAAGCAGAAAAAGGUUGCGCAAAAAUUCUACACUUGAUGAUAGUUGGGGAGAAGACAUGAAUGAUGAGUUGGAUUUGCAUCCAAAGGUGGAAUCUCACAAAAAGGCUUCUAAAAGCAAAAAGGAUAGCAUUGAUCACGAGAAGCAUGAAAUAAAAAAUAGUAUGACCUAUUCUGCACCUAAAAUGCAAGAAGCUUUUCAACCCGGAGCUACACCUGUGCAGCCUGGAAAAAGGCGUUUCCUGUGUUAUAACAUGUUAGGCAGUGUGACCUCAAUGGAUCAUGAUGGGUAUUCCCACAUAGAGAUUGACUUUCAUGAUACAAGUAGUGGUCCUCGAGUGCCUGCAAUGACUGAUUACUUUGGCUUCACAAUGGCAUCUUUAAAUGAGAACGGAAGUGUUUUUGCAAAUCCAUGCAAGGGCGAGAAGAAUAUGAGCACACUUAUGUAUCGCCCAUUCAGUAGCUGGGCCAGUAAUAGUGAGUGGUCUAUGAGACUUGAAGAAGAAGAAGUAAGGGCAGUGGCUCUUGGAACUACUUGGGUUGCUGCUGCUACUAGUCUUAAUUUUCUUCGUAUCUUCAGUGACAGUGGCUUGCAGAGGUAUAUCCUUUCACUUGAUGGACCAGUGGUGACCUUAGUUGGACUUAAGGAUGAACUUGCUGUUGUUACACAUUCUUCUCCUGCACUUCCCUCAGAUGGACAGAUGCUUGAGUUCAGGGUAUUGAACGUUCGUAGUGCAACAGAGUCUCUCAGAGGGCGACUUCCGUUGACUCCCGGAUCAUACCUAACGUGGUUUGGUUUCAGUGAAGAAGGCCAACUUGGUUCUUUUGAUUCUAAGGGUGUCUUGAGAGUUUAUACAAAUCAAUAUGGAGGAAGUUGGUUUCCAGUUUUUAGUUCCAGUAAAUUGAAGAAGCCAGAUGAAAACUAUUGGGUUGUUGGAUUAAACGCAACAAAGCUGUUUUGCGUGGUUUGCAAAUCACCUUAUUCAUUCCCACAGGCCACUCCCAAACCAAUUCUCACGCUGUUAGAUCUUUCAUUUCCACUUGCUGCUUCUGACCUUGGAGCUGAAAACCUGGAGAAUGAAUUUAUAUUGAAUAACAUGCAUCUGCACCAGAUUCAGAAAAGAAUUGAAGAAAAUGCAGCUGCUGGCAGGGACACAGCUUCAAUCGAUGAUGAGGCAUUCACUAUUGAAGCAGCUCUUGAUAGGUGCAUCUUGAGGCUUAUUGCAUCAUGCUGCAAUGGUGACAAGCUUGUGAGAGCCACUGAACUUGUGAAGCUUCUUUCGAUGGAAAAAUCGGUAAAAGGGGCGAUAAAGCUAGUUACCGCACUAAAAUUACCAAACCUGGCAGAACGCUUUAGUACCAUAUUGGAGGAAAGAAUGUCAAAUGAAGCAAUGGGGAGCACAGUCCUCCAUGGCAACUUUAAAUUCGAUGCUCCUGUCCAAGCGGAUGACGUGUUUCAAAGGCCUAGUCUGCCAGAAAGCAGCACAGAAAAAGCUGUUUUACCAUUUCCACCCCAAAGAUCAUCAACCCCUUCCUUCCCAAAAGAGGAAAAAACCGAGCAGCCUCCUAAUGCUGGAAAUGGCAUAGUUGAACCAACUCGAGCCUUGAGAGUAGGGAAGACAGUGGAAGCGAAGAAUGCAGGCGAAGCGAAGGAUGUUAAAGAAGCAACAAAUCCAGUUAAGAAGCAGCCAGAAGAGAUUCCUGUAAGCUUCAAUCGUCCAUCUAAUCCAUUUGCUAAAAAAUCAAACAGACAAGAACAUUCGUCCUUGUUUGACUCCAUAAAGAAGAUGAAGACGGAUGCAACAGGUAAGAGGUAACAAUAUUUUUGUAAGCUUAUCUAAAGAUUUUGUUUUCGAUUUCAACCUGUCCUGUGUAUGAUACGGAAAAUGCUGUUGUAUGUUGCUGAGCCAGUUGAUUAGGUUCGUCAUGUAUUCUACCUUUGUAUCUAAGAAUUCAAAGCAUCUGAAUU